AUGGUUGUGAAAAUCUUGAAAACCCUACCAGAAAAAUUGGAAACAAAUUCCUUGAUGAAGUUAGAUCUUAGUGGGUGUAGAAAAGUUACAGUGCUCCCAGAGUUUGGGAAAGGUAUGAAAAAAUUAUCAUAUCUUGAUGCAAGUAAUACUGCUAUACGUACACUUCCUGUAUCACUCGGAUCCUUGAUGGGUCUUGGAUAUUUAGAUUUACGGUGUUGCAAAAUUCUUCAUCUUGACGAGUUCUUGAAGACUCACAUAACUCGUCAAAUUGCUGGCUUGAAUGUAACGUCAUUAACAGAGUUAUAUUUAGAGUGGUGUGGCAUAAAUGAUGGAUCGAUUCCUGAUGAUUUUCACAGUUUAUCAUCACUCAUUGUAUUGGAUCUAUCAGGUAAUGAUUUUGUUAAUCUACCCACUGGUUGCUUCUCUGGUCUUUCCCGACUUGUCUUUCUUUCAUUGGAUUUUUGCGUGAUGCUUAAGUCAUUGCCAAGGCUUCCACCACGGUUAAUUCGAUUAAAUGCCUCCAAUUGUGAUUCGAUGGAACCAUUAUCAUCAGAUGGACAAGUAUGGAAUUUGGUUGCUUCACUUGACCAUGAGCUGUUUGAAUGUGUUGCCCCGAGAGAUUUCUAUGCAAUUAUUCCCGGAUGCAAAAUGCCAUCAUGGUUUCAAAAUAAAGAAGAUUAUCCUUUGUCUGAGAAGAGAGGGGAAUAUGAAUAUGUGAUAAAAGUGGACAUACCUCAGCGUUGUUUCGAUAGUAAAUGGUGCGGAAUUGUUGUAUGUUUCCUUAUCUCAGGUUGUGGUGACAUGGAGAUUGAUUGGAGUAGUAAAGCUGCAGAAGAUGAUGAUGAUUAUAUACACAACUUGGGGAGGCAUUCGAUUUUCGUCUUUAAUUAUCCUAUGGCUAACCAGUGCAUAAUGGUGUUGGAAUUAAAUGAGGAAACAUGUUGGCAGCACCUAAGAGCUCAUGAUAGCAAUUCCCUUCACAUUAAACUUUCGACGUACGUCGGUGAGAUGGAAAUAAAGGGAAGUGGGUGGAGAGUGAUAUGUAAAGAAGACAUACAAGAGUGGUGCAAUCUCAGGGAUUCCGACCAACUCACCCGACCACAACUUGCUGCUCCUGAUGAUGAACUCAAGCUUUCUUGGAGAAUGCUUCGCAAGUUCAUUAUGAAGUUGUAAAAUUAGCUAGAUUAUAUUUGCAAAAUCCUCAAUUGCUUUAGAAUUGUUGUGUCACAACUUAUCCUCUCUUUUUCUUUCAUCACUGAACACUACGAUACCACUCUACCUACUUACAGCUAGAUUAUAUUUGCAUACAAGUGAUUUGUAAAAUAAAACUGAUAAGAUGGAAAUAAAGGGUAUGCCAUUGUAGAU